AUGGAGUGGGGUGCGAUGGAGUGGGGUGCGACGGAGUGGGGUGCGAUAAAGUGGGCUGGGGUGUGCGAUCCUGAGGCAGCCUCCAUUGUGUUCAACAGCGGCUGCCCCCUCACCAUGGUGCCUUUGGAGGUCACUCACACGGCCCUGCUCUACCCUUCAGUCGCUGCUCGCAUCUCCUCCUGCCCCCCUCACUGCCCUAUCUGCGCCCCCUCCUCCACUCAUGCCGCUCCCCCUCCUCCUUCCUUAGCAACCCCAUGCACCUCUGCUGCUGAUGCCACUCCAAGCACUCAUGGUGGUGCUGAUGGUGGUGCUGUGGCUGUUGCAGCUUCAACUCCCCACACCAACCUCACGCCUCUCGCUGCCAGCGCUGGCGGAUGCCUUGGCUGCUACAGGGGGAGAAAGCUCCGGCAAACAGUCUCUGCGUUGAUGCAUUUCUUUGCCCGCACGUACCUCGAGGUCUUUGGCUUCCAGCACCCACCCCUACAUGACCCCUGUGCUCUCGCCUUCCUCAUCGCCCCAUCCCUCUUCAACGUAUGCUUUCCUGCUUCCCUCUUCAGACUCUCCUGCUGGCAUAAGCACAUGUUUCCCCUUUUUAGUCAGCUCCUUCUGGGCAUUGGGGGGGUUGAUGCGCACGAUGUAUUCUUUACCUUCAGUUUCAACAUUCAAUCUUCAUAA